AUGUGCCCCUCAUCCGUUGUUGGGCCCUCCACACGCCUGCAAGAAUCUGAGCCUCAUCUCAUUUCUGUCCAACUGCCCAGUUCAACAGGUGACCCUAUCCAGCCUAGUCAUCAUUGCGCAUAUGUCAAAGCAACAGAACUUCCAAAUUCAUGUAUAAGAAAUGCAGAUCUCGAGAAAGAAGACAAAAUUCGAAUGGGUGAAUUAGUUACUAACACUGUUCCCGUCUUUGAGAUGAUUGGAACAGUCGAUGCAACAAGCCCUAAACCCCUUCCAAGCACACUAAAGGAUACGGAAAUGGUUGUCAUAAAAUUGAUUCCAAUUGAGGGCCAAGUGCUUUUUAAUGGCCAAGUACAGAAAACAUAUUUAGAAGUUCUAUCUGAAGCGAUUGUUUCGAAGUAA